AUGGCCGUUGAUUCUCUUGUAGUCAUUGGUUCUAAAAAAAAUGAUGAACUUGAGCAUGAUAUAGUUGUCCAUAGUAGUGAUACCGUUGUGAAGAUUUAUGGAAUAGACCAAGAUGAGUACUAUCAUAUGGAUUUGGUAGUCGAUAUUGACAAACCACAACCACCACUUCCCGUUUCGGCCAUAUACGCUUCUGUCUCCGAGGUCCCUCUUAUUCUCGAGCCGUACCUCCGAUUCGGUUCUCAGUUCUCUGCGUCUCCUCUCUCUCAGGUGAGGCAUGCUCAAGGGGUUCACAAUGUAGAAGGAGAAAAGGACCAUAAUGCAUACUUAUCACCUGAACUUUUUGAUGCACACCUAACACCUCUUGGCUGGCAGCAGGUAGACAAUUUGCGCAAGCAUGUUCAUGCAUCUGGACUUUCCAAGAAGAUUGAAUUAGUCAUCACUUCCCCUUUGUUGAGGACCAUGCAAACUGCAGUUGGAGCUUUUGGGGGUGAAGGUUACAGUGAUGGGAUUGAUGUACCUCCACUAAUGGUGGCAAAAGCAGGGAAUAGUAGCCGUCCAGCAAUUUCAAGUCUAAAUUGCCCUCCAUUCGUUGCGGUGGAGCUUUGUCGAGAGCAUUUGUUGUAUGCUUCAACCUGGAAUGAGCCUAAUCCUCACCACAUAGCUAAGUACAAGAAUGUUAGGGUGUUCAUUGGUGUGAUAAGAGGAGAAGCAUUAGCGAGUAUAAGCUUCUUUUUCCUGAAAUUGAUUUUUCACUGGCAAAUAGAAAGUGAUGCUGACGUUCUGUGGAAGACUGACAUCAGAGAGACAAAUGAAGACCUUGCUGCCCGAGGAAUGAAGUUUAUGAACUGGUUGUGGACGCGGAAAGAGAAGGAGAUUGCAGUUGUUACCCACAGUGGAUUCUUAAUUCAUACCUUAAGUGCAUUUGGAAAUGAUUGUCAUCCAUCAGUGAAAAGUGCAAUAUGCAAACCCUUUAACAAUUGUGAACUUCGAUCUGUGGUGAUUGUUGACAGAAGUUUGAUAGGGUCAGAUUCCUCAACAACAGACUAUCCUGGAAAAAUUCCUAGCGGGUCUGAUGUCCCAAGUGACGUUGCAAAGUAG